AUGGGCGUUAGAUCGGGGAGAACUCUGUUUUGGCUCAUAUACUUGUGGAUUUUGUCCGGUGAGUGAGAUCGGAUUUUGAGUACAGUACACAACGUUGUAGGAAUCGCGAAAGAUGUUUGUUUGAUUUUGUGCGUUCGUCAAUUUACAAUGCAAUUACGGUAGCAUGAAUAUUUCAGCACCUUUUCCCUAGAAUACUGCGUUGCUGCUUCGGAAAGUCAGUCUUCCGUCCUUGAGCGUGUGUUUAGUUGAAAGGAUUUAGAGUAUAGUGGUGUUACAAGAAGUCAUAUUGCUUUGUUUAUCGCGUCGCAAAAUCGCGAUCAAUUCUCUUUGCACCACCAACAACGGCAGACAUCUGCUUUUCCGAUCAAUGUCCAUACUGAUCAAAUCGCCUUUCAUUUUUUUGAUUUCCAGGUAGCUUACUAUCUGGAUUCCGGCACAAAAGGUUGGUCGAUUCUCCUAGGUAAGUUCUUCGGAGUGCAAAGCGUUGUUUUGUUUUUAUAUUAGCUGUGUGUUUGCUUGUUUAAUGUAAGAAAUAAUUAGACUUGACAUGGGAUGUGGGUUCCAUGCAAAUUUUCGCUUUGUGUAAAACAAGAUUUGGCGACAAAAGUACGUUGAACACGCUUUCGAAAAGGCGAGCAGAUGCUAUCGGUAAUCGUGCCAAUUGUAUUCUUCCAUUGAAAUGUCUAUAGUGAAUGAAACUUUUAUUAAUUUGCUUCCCUUUGGUCGGGUUCUCGCGAUCGCAUUUCUUUCUGUCGUGCAGCGAAAAGCGGCAAAGCUUUUGAAAACUAAUAGCGUCUAAAAAAAAUCGCUUGAGACCAGCUGCGAACAUCCAAUGAUUGAAAAAUUUCAGACGGUAUGCUUGAAAUUUUAGAUAACUUAAGAGCGAAGUGAUAUUUUCCAUUCGCAGAGCGAAGGAAGUAAACGCUCUCCGACGCAAUGUUCUCACAUUUGUUCAUUUCGCAUUGUUGUAAUUGACAGACAGAAUCUGUAUUCUUCAUUUUCCUAUAAUCGCCAAAGGAUAAUCCGCCGAAUACACAUUUUCCAUUUGGCUUUGACCUCGGUAAAUUAGAGGGUCAGAAAGUGACUAAAAUGAGUAUUUCACUUGAAUAGACAUUGAUCAGUCGUUGUGUGUUUAAAAUAUUGAGCCUUAGCGGCUGGUACGCAUUGUUUGAUUCUAGCCCUGAUUCAUUGAAUAGUUUGUUUUAGAAUGUGCCGCACGGAAGACCUCAUUGUUCUUCUUUGAAGUGUAAAUGUGAAGAACAAAGACAAAAAUUAACGUAUAAGUCGUUCCGUAGAAGAAAUUUGCAUGUGUUAGUUUCUUCUCCCAUUAUCGUCGAUUUGUCGUUCGCGUUCUAGAAAUUUGCCUCCGAAACCCUGGCUUUCGAUUUAGCUCAAGUGGAUUCUUCCUUUUCAAGGCGAUAUUAGCGGUGUUGGGAAGGAAGUAAGAACGAUGGUCAUGUUUUGAAUCGCUACAUUAAAAGCACAAUAUAACAAACGUCUGUGAUAGUCUUCUAGUACAUCGUUUGACCCGUGUUAGAUUUGCGACCGCGUUCUUCCUGUCAAUUAAAAUGCAAUGAAAGAAUCGUAAAUGAAUUCUCGUGACACUGAUAAAUUUCCCUUUGGACUUGGAUCAACCAAAUCCUGCUCCCUGCUGUUUCAGUAUCAGUUGGGUUUUAUUUUGAUCUUCGCGCUUGUUUUCAAUAUUCACGGAAUGCAAGUGUUUUACUUUAUUGUAGUCUUAAUGACGAUAUUGGAAAUAUGUAUGUCUCAGGGAGCGCGCUUAUAGCGAUCUUUUUAGUCAAAAAAUUGAUUUAUGAGAACGAACUGGACUAUAUUAUGCUGUUCUUUCUCUUGCAUAAGGUGGUGUAUUGUUUUGUCUGAGACUCAAUCCUAAUACGUCAGCAUUUAUGUGAAAGGUAUUGGUCCGUUUCCUGGUGAGCUUUUUCCAAUGCUCCAUGCAGUGUUUUUAACCUUUUCGGCACGAAAACGGUAUUUAGCGGGAAAAACUCCUUCCUUGCGACCAUUUAGUAUGGUUAUCAAGACGUUCCUUCAAAAGUUGCAUUUUCAUUUUUGAAAGCUUGUAAAGUCUCUUUUUUUUUUCUAAUAAAGAAAGGGAAACUUUCAGGGCCAAUAUAAGAGUUAUGACUGACUGCUGCAAUUUUGCUAACAGUUUACCAUGACGGCUCACAGAGACACCAAUAAACAUUUUAUGGGCUUUGGCAAAACAAUUCAGGAGAUCGAUACUCUAUGUAGCAGCUUACAAUUUCGUGAUGAUUGACAGUGCAGCCAUUACAAAACUGAUAGAGAAUGUUUGGGUUAAAUCAUAAGCAAAUAAUACUGAAUUUUGUACUCUGAAAACCUCUAGCAAAUUAGGAGCAUGACCAGUAAAUCUUGUUAGUGACCUUUUGGAAAUUGUGUUUUACCUUCUUUAAGUGCUACUAUGUGUGUUCACAAUAAAUUUGCCAGAAAAAAAUUACUAAAUGUGUAAAGUGCAUCAUUGCGAAGCUCACUUAUUCUUUUAUGUUGUAUAAAAUUCUACCUUCUAUAACUCAAACUCCCGAUAACUCAAACUUUUUUCUAUUUCCCUUGAAUGUUCGAAUUAUCAGGAGUCGACGACUGUACUUAUUCAUAUACUAUACCCAUUAACCCUUUCAGUGCCAAGUGUUGCCAUGGGCAAAAUUCACCAAAAAUUCCCAAAUUUUGUUUUGUAAAUUUUGGAAACAAAUAGCACCAUUUGAGAGCACAGGCGGAGAGGUUUCAUUUGAAUGGUCACAUCAUAGGAUUUUGUCCAUGGACUCAAAGUUUGAAUUCCCUUAAGGGACUCCAACAUUCACUCUGGCAGCGAAAGGGUUAAGUUGAAAUCUUAUUGACCGCCAGCUGGUUUUAUGGUAGGGAAGGGAGGUAUGGUGGGUAAUUUCUGUGUAAAAUAGUUGACCACUUCCUUUAAAUCAAAUAUUUCAGUUAUGUAUCUUUGUUUCUUCCAGCUCUAAUCACACCAAGACUUGCCCAGAUUGCAAAGGUAUGUAGAUUACUGUAUAUAUUCUUUUUUGUUUUGUUGUCUUUCGUUCCUUGUAAUAUUGUUUGUUUGGUAUUUUUUGAUAACUGAGCCCUGGCUAUGUGGCCUUGCUACUAGCUAGGAGGCAAAAAGUGUAUGCCUGUACCUUUCCCAAAGGAUGAGAGCUUUAACAGUUACCUUUCUAAUAGACCAGUUAUUGUUUACUUGGCUGUUACUGUGAAAUUCAGGAAACCAUGAAGGCAAAAAAUGUUUGUGGAAUGUGUUGUGUUGCAAGAGGGAAAAGCCAGUCACAUGAGAUAACUAAACGUGAUUAGUUUGGUGGCUUGUUCACGUGUUCCCAUUAUUGUUGGGAUUUACAUAACAAUAAACAUUUUUGUGACAGUAAGAAGAAUUAUUAUGGUUUGCAUUUUUAGAACUUUCAGGAAGACUUCACAUGAUUUGUAUGUCAUUUUUUUAAAAAAGACAAAAACAAAUCUCUUCUCUAGUCUGUAGAUAAAGUCCUAUGGAUUUUCUGUUUAUCUGUAACCUCUUUGACAUUGCUUUUGUUUUUGGUGCUCAGUAUAAUUUGUCGAAUUCUUCUUAAAUGUAAAUAAGUAAAUUUUGACCUUUUCGCCAUAUAUUCGAGACAACUUAAGACUUGGCAAAAAAAUGUUUUCAUUGUUGUGGAAUUUUGACAACACACUCUAAGCUGAAACUACAUCAGAUUACAUUGGGUCUGCCAUUACAGUAUUAAUUUUGUUGUGACAUUUUGACCACUUGCUGGAAGCUGAAACUACAUUUAGAUUACACAUUGCCUCCCAAUACAGUAUCAAUUUUCUGCAGUGAAAGCAUAUUAUAAUCAGGGAUCCAUAUUCAUUUUUUCUUGGAGUUGUCAGCUGGGCAAGUAAACCUGAUGGCAUACUGGCCUGGUUACAAUUUGGGUUGCCCAGACAAAAGUGCAGAAUUAUAUAAAAGAAUGGUGAAGAAAUUGUGUGCAAAUUGAACAUUUUUGAUUAGCAUUUUGUUUCCAUUAUAGUUACUAAGAAGGGUUAACUGUUAAGUACAACAGGCUACAGGCUUAGGCUAAACACAACUACAUUUUACAAGUAGCCACUGCAAUGGUGCCCAAACUUAUGAUUUCAUUGCAGACAAAAGCUGCUUGUUAUUCACCAUUAUUCUAAAAGUUUUAAGUGGAUGAGAAGAAAUCAGAACACAGGGAAAAUGUUUAUAUCAUAUAGGAGUUUUUGAAAAGAUUCUGUGGUGAAGCAAAACCUCACUCGUCCGAAGGGUGACUUGAAGUUAUCUUAAUUGUCUGUACGAGAUUGUAGUUGCCUGGGACGACUGGGAAUAUGGAUCGCUGUAUAACGGUACUCUUUAUCUUAACAGCACCAGUGGUUGGCUCACAGCUCUCCAAUCAAACUGUGAUGGAGGGUGGCAGGGCAGUGUUUAGGUGUUAUGUGAGUGGCAAGCCGGAACCAAAUGUAACGUGGUACAGGAAUGGAAAGCCAAUCAGAAAUAGAAGUGGAUCAUUUACUAUUGUGUCAAAGUAAGUGAUUUCUCCACACCUUGAUCUCUUUACAUUUCCUGUGCAAGGCUGUGUUCUAAUCACAAUAAAUAUUGAAGGGAGCCUAGUGCUCUGAAACUUAAAAAUCUAGGGUACCCAGCAUAUGAUUUGUAUGAAAAAACUAAGAUUUUCUGGUCAGCUGAGAGCAAAAGUUUGGCGACAGACCACCAGGCUCUGCUAGAGCACAGUCCUGCAGUGAUACCGGUAAGGAGAAUUUGUAGUAUGACAGUCAAGACCCUUUUUACAUGCCAGCCCUUCAAGUUUACGUUUUUGCUCAAUCGCCAUUUGGCAACCAACUAUUUCAGUCUUUCAGUAGGGAGACUUUUUCACAGGUCAAGUAAUGCCAGCUCUGAAAAAUUUUACACUCCAUGGCGACCAAAAUGGUCACAACUUGGAGGUUUGCUUGCUGAUCUUUUUCUUAUUUUGUGACCUUUAUCUUUGAUUGAACUCAUCGGCAAUUAGGUGAGGUUGGAUGUAGGUGCCCUUUAAGGGUGGUGGUGCUAAGUGCGUAAGAUACUUAAGCUAUUGUAUUCAUGGCAGCCAGUGAGCGGCGACCAAAUAGAUUACUGGAAAUAAAACAUAGACUGUAAACACCUACCUGAAAACGAAGGAGGGCUAGGAAUAAAUCAGCAAACGGUGGCUUAGAUGCGAAACAUGCUUAAUUGCUCAAUGAAUUUAUUAGCAACUUGAUCACUGUGAAAAGUACUUCAGGCCCUUCAACUUACCCGGGAUCCCCAGCAGACAUUGAGCUGCUACAAAUAUAUUGAAACCACCAGCUGUAGAACUGUUUGGAGUUUAACUUCAAUGGUGUAAAUUACAUUUCCUACAUUCAAGGAGUGAUAUUUUGUGUUGGCAUUGUAUGCUCAACAAAUUAUAUUUUUUAUUUGGCAUUGUAGGAGCUGGGGUGUAAAACUGAAGAUUCGUCCCGUGAAACUAAGUGAUGAGGGAGCAUACAGUUGUGUGGCAAAUAAUUCAGAAGGGACAGUGAGCAAGCAGGUUUUCUUGACUGUAACUGGUAUGAUUGUAUUCUUUAAUAGAGACCUAUGCAAUCACAAUAUUAUUACUGCCUGCCCUCUCAUGGGGAAACGUCUCUUCUGUGAAAUGUCCUUAGGGGCUUGAAGCAAAGAGAGAUUAUGGUAUUUGCAGGCUAGCCCCUCCUCUCUCCCCCUUCCUGCUUAGCCUCUGAGCUGAACUAGUAAUAAUUAAAGGUUAGGGAGUGAAGGCAAGAUGGAUUGCAGGUCAAAAUGCUCGUUUCAACACUGUGCUUUGUGUUAGGAGGACAGUACGCAGGUCAUCGGAUUACCUAAUGAUAGAGGGUGCAAACAAGCUUAAAAAAAUAAUCACGCUUUGUGGCAGGCCAAGUCCAGGACUGACAAUUAAAUUCCAUGACUUUUCAGGCCUGGAAAAUAAUAUUGUAAAAUUUCAUGACUUUUUACAGGUUUUCCGUGACAUGUACAGGAGCACACAUGCACGAUAGCAGCCUGGCCCCAGUUGUUCAAAAGCUGGAUAACGCUAUUCAGGGGAUAAAUCACUAUCUAGUGCAUAGCGCAAUUGGUUCUCCUAAUACUUAUCCACUGGACAGUGAUUUGGGGCCUGUAGAUUAGGAUUGCAGGCUCCUCUGGUCACCCACAACAAUAUGGUUGUUUUAAUUGCACUAACAUACUUCCAUUGUUUUUGAUCCUAGAAGCAACCUCUCCUCCUCUUACGGCACUUUCAAGUCCGACUACUUUGACACCAUUUACAGAUCAAGGUACAUAAAAAUGUCUUCUUUUAUUUUGCUAUUCAGCCUGCAAAGAAAGUUGUGUCCGAUAGCCCCGGGCUAGUGGAUUUUGCUAUCAGGCUAGUGAAUUCUGUUCUUAACUUGCCUGAUGGGGAAGUGAAGUAUUUUGAGGAAUAAUUAUUCAGGUGACAGAAGAGCUGUAAAAUCAAUCUGCUCAUCAAAAAAUUUUGAGCGCUACUUGAAAUGAUGUUUGUGCUGGUAAAAUGCUAGCUUUAGCUUGCCCGAAUGACAAGCUGUAACAAUGACUUUCUUUGUACCCUGCUAUUCUAAUAUUUUGUGAUUAAUUAUUAUAAAAUAUGAAGCAAGGAAAUAAAGGUAAAUUAAAUGAAAGCCAAGGAUUAAUACUGAACGGACAAGACCAAGGAAAAAAUAAUAACAUGUUAAAAAAACAAACAAACCAUUGAACAACAACAACAACAACAAAAAACAACAAGCUUAGAAAGACCUGUUGGUCUUUUUAACGUGAAGCCAACCUGAUUUUUUUGCUUUAGAGCAGAAAUAAAAAACAAGUGAGCAUCGUUUAAAGGCUCACAAAGGUAAAAACAGUUAAAAAAAUGGACCAUUCAUCACCCCUUUAAAGAGACAUCAAGGCUCACUUAAAACCAAAUGUUGAUCCUGUGUUAAUUGGAUAGGGCAGUGGGAGCAAUAUAUUAUAAGUUGCAAUAAAUUUGAUUUGCACUGAAACCGUAGACCCAGUAAGAUUUAGUGGAAAUUUGGGGCUGACUCUAAUUCUGUCAGUUAACAGUUUUCGCCUCAUUUCAGAACUGUUGCCUGAUAAUUCGAAACAGUCCAAUCCUCCAGACAGUAAACCUAAGCAUGGACAGUGGGAAGAAUCUACACACAGCGAUCUGUAAGUUGGCUCUAAAUAUCAGGGCUGUUACUAAGGGCCCAGGGAUGGAGACUUUCCCCUGGCUUCUUUCAUCGGAAACAACAGGAAAGUAGAACCAAAAGAAAUUCCAACAACAAACCAGUGAGAAAUUUGGGAAGCACAUGUAGCCAGUGUUGCAUGCAAGUGACUUUCGACUCUUUGUUUUGGUUUUACUUUAUUUGCGAGAAGCCGCCUCUGGUAUAGUCUGCUACGCAGCCGUUGUUCGUGUCGUCACGCAACGCUCCACCCCGCAAACGUGGAGGGUUGCGUGACAACACUAAAAUCUGCUCUGUAUGAGACUUCCUCUAGUAAUAGAAUCCAAAAAAGUGUCGGAUUCUGGAUUCCGGGUUGUAGAUUCCGGAUUCAUGGUACUGGAUUCUGGAUUCUUUUUCAGUGGAAUUUGGAUUUGGGAUUCCAAUCGUUUGCGGGAUUCCAGAUUCCAGAAGGAAAAAUAUUCGGAAUCCAGAUUACCUUUCAUGGGGCGAGAGAAGCUGUUUUUUGCCGGAUGAAUGAGUUGCUUAACCUUUCUAUUAACUUUUAAAAUUUCGUCUUUUCUUUGUCUCCAGGGAUAUUCCAACACCUUCGUCACUACCAGAGACUGGAAGCUGUGUCCCAUACAAUGGCUCUGUAUGCUACAACCUUCUAAAAGGGCGCUCUAUCUAUGUAAGAAGUUUUGAGAGACUGGAAAAUAUAGAAAGAAAAGUCAGCAGGGCUUAUCCAAACAUACGGGAAUUUGAGAAAAUCAGCGUAAGGUGUCGUCCUUUUGUCAAGCCGCUCCUAUGUCAUUACCAGUUCCCAAGCUGCGACUCCUCAUCAUCUGUUCCGAAGCCAAGGCAGAUAUGUUAUGAGGAGUGCGAAAUUCUUCGUACAAGUAUCUGCCCAGAGGAGUAUCUUAUUUCAAAAAGGUUUACGCUGCAGCAGGUUCUGUUUCCAGAAUGUUCAUCGUUGCCUCGCGCGGAUACGGCGGAAGGCAAGAAUUGUAUAAAAUUGAACGUGAAUAAAACCAAGACUACGAAGAGCCCGAAGAACCCGAAGAGUCCAAAGAGCCCGAAGCCUCCAAAACCUGGAAAACCAGCUCUCGAAAAAGGCGCAGUUAGGAGAGAAAAAGGUAAGUGCCACUCUUGAAAAUUCUCUUAUUUUGCAUGUUCUUGUUUGUUAAAUCCCUUAAAGCGAAUACCUGCAUGGGGAGCACAUUGGCGAGAUUCAGCGUCCUCGCGCGUUUAACCGUUUAAGCCCUAAGAGUGAUCAUCGUCAAAUUUCCCCUUGUAAUAUCGAUGCUUUGUGAAACAGAGUGGUCAUGAGAAUUACAGACAUGAUCACACAAGAUGAAUUUGCUUGAUAUGUUAUCAACUUCUCCCCACUACUUCCGUAGGAAAUGAAUAGGGGCAACAAAUGAGAAUUUCAAUUUUGAUCUUAGUGUUUAAAGGGUUAACUCGCUAACUUGCUCUCGAAAAAGGUUAGGGGCCCGUGUUAUCGCGGCUUAACGGAUAAUGGAGAUCUGCGCACUCUAUACAUCCUUCCACUGAGAACUUAAAAGAAUAGGCCAAUAUUAUUUCAACUGUUUUGAUCCGUUUGGCUGAACCGCAAACUGACUUGACAAUGCAAAACAAUGUCAUGGACUAUUUCUAAGUGUGUGCAUUGUCGCUUUUGAAAUUUUUUGAGACUUCGUGCGAAGCUAUUUGAACGAGCGCAGGUUUAUUUAGUUUGUCGAGCUUAAGACAUCAUACAUCGCUCUGUUGUUGUAAGCCAGCACAGCAACCGCAGGCUAUGUGCUUUUAGUCUUUUGUUGAUAAAUCACGUGUCAAUGGCGUUAAUUCUGAGAGACAGUUAACAUCGAAAUCCAGACAGUGCGGUAACCUGCGAUCAGGCUUUCUUUUUGCGGGGAUAGCGCGAAAAACUAAAAGGGAAAAAAGACCGCCUGAUCGCAGUUUAACAUUGCGGCCGACAUGACACUUCGUCACGUUCCUUUAGAGUCCAUAUUCAUGUUCCUUUAGAGUCCAUAUUAAGUGGAUUCAAGUAUAUGGCUAUUUCUGUAGUCGUGCUCAUGUCCUUUUCACUUAAUCCUUAGCUUUACCAGUGACUGGAUGUUACACUGGGACAGGACAGAACUUCAAUGCAAGCGUGAGCGUGACUGAGAAGGGCCUUGUAUGUCAGGCAUGGAACUCGACCACACCUCAUUUCCACAUUCUGUCGCCUAAGGAUCAUCCUGAAAUUGGCGGUGGACAUAAUUAUUGUAGGAAUCCUGGUGGACAGAAAGUAAAACCCUGGUGUUUUACAACGGACGAGAACACGGAGUUCGACUACUGUAAUAUUCCACGUUGUGGUAAGCUAAAUCUGUCCGUCCCCUUUUUAAAAAGAUCUUGACGUUGUUUCACUACAUUACAGGAAAAGAAGCGUUUUGCCUUCUUGUAUUAAUAGCAACGAAAGUGGAUCGAGCCGAACUACUGCUUAAAAAAAACACGCCGGUCAUAAUAAAGUUGUCCUAAGAAAUCUGUACAAGGAUUUUUUGCGACCUGGAAGCACUGAAAUGGACGUAGUUAAAACACAACACAAGAGAAAUGAAUUCCGCGCUGAAAAGUAGUGAAAUACCUGCGGGAAAACGUAAAAAUGGCAAUUAGGCAGGUUCCCCCACCCCCCGUAGUCUCCCUGACCUCGCAGCCGUGUUUUGGAUGUCACCCAACGCUCCCCCAAAAGAGGGAGCGUUACAAAACAAGAAGACAUAAGUCGUACUUGAUUGAAGUUGCCAAUGACUAACAGCGUGCUGCGAGGUAAAAACUCUUGCCACUUACCUAUUAAGCAAUAAAAAUCUUUUUUGUAACUCCACAGAGGAGACGCCGCCAGUUGAAGUUGUGAGCAUUCUUUACAUGGUCAUUCCAUGUCUGGUGUUUGGUAUUGUGUUUUCUCUGGUGGUGAUUUUCAUCUGCUGGAGAUGUCAUAAACAGAUUAUAUAUCAGGCCGGAGAAGCGGCUGCUACUCCUCUUGUUCCUGUUAUUGGCAAGCCUUUGGUGAGUUUUCUUGGAAUUUUUCGAGCUUGGCCCAGUUGUUUACCGCGACUGGCUUUAGUUGCUUCCAAAGAGGCUUAGCCAUAAAAAUCCGGAAAAAUGGCCUAAAAAACCCUUCCUGGAUUUCUUAAAAAUAUUUCCAGUUUCACUUCUAAAAAUCCCACAAAAACUCCUAAAAAUCAGUCUAAAAAUCCUGUAAUAUUGAAAAGACUGGGUAACCUGUGGUGAGCCACAGGUUACGAGGCCGCCAUCUUGAACUGACAGAGAUGCCAGGAAUGAAGGUAAAACUGCUGACCGAUAUGGCAAGGAAGCAUCAAAACUUUGCAAACAAAGCCUUCAAGAUCCUUUUGAUGUUUCAAGCGUUUCACCCGUUGUAACAAACAAACAUAAAACCUUGAAAAUGCUCACCCAAAUCCCUCCAAAUCUCAAGAACUGAAUUCGGAAGAAAAUUGGAAAGCCUUCUUGGCCGCGACUGGCUGUAUUUCUUUCCCGCGCUUGGUUAUAGUCGUUUUUCGCGCUUCGCAGUGGUCGUAUUUACGUUAUGGUUAUUUAUUUCCAGUGAUUUUCAGUUAAUUUUGGCUCCAUCUCUCAUGACGAAUACCCGACUAAGGCUUUUUGGUUUUUCUUUCCAGAUCAAAGAGAUGCGGCGUGAGACAGUCAGAUUCCUAAAAGAUUUAGGAGAAGGAGAAUUUGGCAAACUCUACCGAGGGGAAGUAGUGGAAAAAGGUGAUGGUGAACAAACGACUCGACCCAUUCUCGCCAAAAUUCUUCGCAGUAGCUCGUCCUCAAAUAACCGUGAGAGCUUCUUGCGUCAGGCGGAGACUUGGUCCAAGUUUAGCCACCCGAAUGUCAUCAGUAUUAUCGGAGUUUGUUAUAACGGGCCCCCGACUUGUAUACUUUACGAGUGCGUUGAAUACGGCUCGUUGUAUGAGUAUCUUGUCGAUAACUCUCCUUUAGAGAGCCCGGAUGAGGACGACGAUGAUCCGGAAACUUUGAGCUACUACGAGCAGUUAUCGAUUGCUAUUCAAGUAGCUGCGGGAAUGAACUACAUCUCGCAGCACAAUUACAUUCACGGGGACUUGGCAGCUCGCAACUGUAUGGUCGGGCCUCGUAUGACCGUGAAAAUAACGGACGUUGCGUUAUCGCGUAAUCCUUUUUCAAGCGACUAUUAUCGUUCUGCUAAUAGACCCCCUAUGCCCCUCCGUUGGAUGGCACCGGAGGGGGUGCUAAAUUAUAGGUUCACAGUAGAGACUGAUAUAUGGUCCUUCGGAGUGGUGCUAUGGGAGAUAUUUUCAUUUGGUACCAAGCCCCAUUUUGGGUUCACGGACGACGAAGUUAUGGAACGUAUCCGAGAACACGUGUUGCUUCCUUGCCCGAGCGACUGUCCGAACAGUGUCUUCGUUUUAAUGACAGAAUGCUGGGAUAUUUUGCCGCCUAGUAGGCCACGUUUUAGUACAAUUUAUACACAUCUCUGCGCGCUGAGGUGGGAUACAAACGGCCCUCCCGCACCCAUCGAAAGUAACGAGAGAGACUGCAUUCAUGUUGGAGUAUGAGUUCCAAUCUGUCAUGGAUUUAUCAGUUCAAUUAUUAAAUUCGACCCAUGAUGUUGAUAAAAUCCACCAGAAUGUGGUUCCAUUUUGGUGAAUACUUGGUGAGAUGCAUGCCUGGAUGCAUAAAGCUUCAUUUGGCUCAGACCGCCAUUAAGGAGGAUUGGAUCAAUUUCUUGGAAAAUUAGCGAUCUUUUCCGCCUCUCUCGCUUAGAUGAUGCAUAUUGCUGAAAUGUUUUUUAAGAAGUGAAAUGAAAUAUAGAACAAAAGUAUACGCGUCAGUGAAACUCGUAACUGAUUGAAACAAUACCGAACUAAUUUCCAAGUGCAAGAGGGAUUCAACCGAAAGAAUUACAGAGAAUAUAGCAACAAUUUUACAAUUUACAAUACGAUAAACAUCUCUCUCAUACUCCAGUAUUAAAGCUCAACAAACCUUACAGGAAACAGCAAAACCGUUUGUCGCUCCUGUGUUGUCUUGUCUCCAAGCGGUUGACUGGCGUCUCAUUCAGUCAAUUCACAUUUUCACCUAGACCAUAAUGAACCUUGUUUACACCCCAAAAUUUUGCAUAACUAUUGUCUUCGAUUUCGCUUGGGACGACUAUAAUACCCAGGGGAAACGAUGGUUAUGUAAAAUUUUGGGAGUUAAACAAGGUGCAUUAUGGGGCGUUUUCCAUUUGAAUUUUCGGCAACUUCCAGUAGCGAAUGUAACAACAUUUUCUAAAAUUUCCAAAAAAGAGAGCAGCCUCGCCAGGUUUACCCAAAUUGUCGGAAAUGUUUUCCUGGAAGUUUUCUUUCCAUUCAACUUUUCUCCCGGAAUUUCAAGAAUUUUCCCUUGAUUGGUUCGCAUUUCGCAAAUUCAACAGUUUCUAAAACCUCUCCGGGAAAUUUCUAUUCCAUUCGAAAGUUUUGGUUUAGUGGACCUGUACAGCCCCCGUGGUCUUGGUGAAUGACCAGGACCGGAAACACGUUGUCAGGUUCCGAAACUUCUCGAAGGUGUUUUGACAGUGACCGACCAGUUUCCGCUGAAAAAAACUUGUUCCAGUCCUUGCCAUAAGAGGACGGCUCAAUGGCCAUUUCUUACUGGAGGUAACACAACGGUAGUAACCACAAUGUUUUAUUCACGUUAUGUGUCCUGGAGAUACGGCGGCGAAUUAACAGGCACUUCGUCUUGGUCGUCAUGGACCUCAGUUUAAAAAGAAUGGUGGACAUUGUUGCGAACCUUUUACUAGAGGGAGUUCGGAAGGAACCGUUUUGUUUUCUUCAUUUGUUGAGUUGAACUGCGAAAAUGUUUAGUUCUUGUUCCGUUUACUUCAUCCUUGUACAAAUUAUGAGAAAAUAGUUAAAAAUGAAUAAAAUUCUCAUCGUUGAUAUU